GUAUGAAACAGGUACCGAAAAUACUGAAUUCAAUGGAAGUACACCCGAUACAAUCGAAAAAGAAGAAACAAAUGACAGCGAACGAGAAACGUAUGUGAGUCAAAUAACCGUUGAAAAAGAAUUAUUGGCGGAAUUCACAAAUAAAGAAGAAGUAACUCCUGAGAUUGUGGUCAAUAGCAGCUUCAGUAGUGCCGAAUUUGAAAGCAGUGCUGUAGAAGAUGAUGAUGAGGAUACCGAGAAAAAAUCGCCACGCGUUAGGAGGUGCUCUUCGCUCAAAACUGGAAAAACACCUCCUAGUACUCCAGGAGGAAAAAAGAUAGUUAGAUUCGCAGACGUUUUGGGUCUAGAUCUAGCAGAUGUAAGAACGUUCCUGGAUGAAAUUCCUAAGAUUCCAGUGUCAGCGUAUGUAGAUCUGCCUGAGGCGGAUUUGUAUAAUACUAGUAACUCCCUAUCACCAUCUAAUCUCAACGGUCCAGAAGUGGGCAAGUUUCUUAUGCCGCUUUUUCAGCAACCAGGUGGACUUCCGAACUUUCUAGAUUUGGUGAGGGAGAAUCAAGUUUGUUUGGAAAAUGCUCUAUUCGACGAUCCAGUGACACUCUCCAUCUCUGGUACUGUUCGGGUGCGAAACUUGGACUUCCACAAGUCUUUACACAUACGAUACUCUCUCGAUUCUUGGAAGACAUUCGCUGAUGUACAAGGAACGUACGUAAACAACUCGUGUGAUGGAUUUUCAGAUAGAUUUUCUUUUCGACUGUACGCUCACACGUUAUCAAUAGGAGAGAGAAUAGAGUUUGCUUGUCGAUUCCAGUGUAGAGGGUGUCAAUAUUGGGACAACAAUAGAGGCGCGAAUUAUUGCUUCCAAUGCCUACCUAGUCACAGUUCAUCGUCCAGGCAUAUUUCUCCUCUCGAUGAUUGGGGGGCCAGUUUCUACUAGACCGUCAUUAUACAAUGACGUCUCAUAAAAGGCCAAGGUUGUGUGCAAUGUACAACCAUAGAAAACUUCUAAUCUAGAUGUGUAUCUAGCCAUGGGAAUGAUUCCGCUCCAGUUAACUCGAAGGAAAUGCAAGAUCGCAUAAUGAAGUCUUUAGCUGACAGGAAUCUACCUCUGCAGAAGAAGAAAACGGAAACAGUCUUCAUUUUUAUAAUUGUAAUAUUUUCAGUGUUGUUUUUGUAUUUACAGAAAGCAAUAUAUUUUACGAAAUAGUAUUUUUACGAUA